GUCUGUCCGGCGCGUCUGGUGGGCAGCGAGGGGCGUUCGGCGGCGCUGCCCGCGCUGCGGACGGCGUCAUGAGCGGCACGGCCUGCGCUCUGCUGCUCCUGCUGCCGCUGCUUCUGCGAGCGGAGCAGCCGCGGGGAGCCGAGCUCACCUUCGAGCUGCCGGACAGCGCCAGGCAGUGCUUCUACGAGGACGUGGCGCUCGGGGUGCGCUUCUCGCUCGACUAUCAGGUCAUCGCAGGGGGCCACUACGACGUGGACUGCUCAGUGCAGGACCCACAGGGGCGUAGCCUGUACCAUGCCACCAAGAAGCAGUACGACAGUUUCACGCACCAGGCAGAGCUGGCAGGCGUCCACCAGUUCUGCUUCAGCAACGAGUUCUCCACCUUCUCGCACAAGACUGUCUACUUCGACUUCCAGGUGGGGGAUGAGCCCCCCAUUCUGCCAGACAUGGGGAGCCGGGUCACUGCCCUCACGCAGAUGGAGUCGGCCUGUGUCACCAUCCACGAGGCACUGAAGUCCGUGAUCGACUCGCAGACACACUACCGGCUGCGGGAGGCCCAGGACCGGGCCCGAGCGGAGGACCUGAACAGCCGCGUGUGCUGCUGGUCUGUGGGCGAGACAGUGGUGCUGUUGGUGGUCAGCCUGGGCCAGCUGAUGCUUCUCAAGAGCUUCUUCACAGACAAGCGGCCCAGCAGUGGGGCCUCCUAAGGGCCCCGGUGUCUAUGUGUCUGUGAGGAGGGGCACCGUCCUGGCUCCAGGGCUCUGCAGCUAGUGGCUCUGCAGGCUAAGGGCUGUCCCUGCAGACCCUGGCCACCGCCGGUCACCUCCAUGUAGGCAGCCUGGAUGAAGACGUCCUGGGGGCUGUUCUCUUGGGAGAGGGUUCAGGCAGUGCCUGGUCAUCAGGGAGGGGCCUUCCAUGUGCCCCCCACUGCCCCAGAGGCAGGUUGGGGGCCUGGGGCCAAGACAUAUGGUGGCGGGAUG